AUUAGAUGUAGAGACUCGUAGGCACAGUUAUCAAUGUGGGAAAAUCUCUUUCAAAAAUAUAGCAAUUUUUGAAUCGAAUGGAACUGAGGAACUCUCAAAACUAAAAUAAUAUGGAGAAUAGGAUAUCGGUGAAACUCAAUAAUCCUAAUCCAUUAUUCGAGAAAUGGCUCAUGGAAUGGAGAGAUCAGGCGAAAGAGAAAAAUUUGAAAACACAGCAUGCCUAUUCUCUGGCUCUUGCAUCUCUUCGGAAAUAUCCAUUACCUCUGGAAAGAGGUAAGGAUUGCAAAAUAUUGAAAGGUUUUGGUACCAAAGUAUGUGAUAUGUUAGAUGAGGCUCUUGCAAACUACAAAAGCCAGGCUGGUCAGUCUACUGAUUCAUAUGUUCCUACCACUGCCAGAAAAAGAAAAUCUACAUCAUCAAAAAAAAUACAAGAUAAAUCAAUAGAGAAUGAAGAUUGUGAUGACAUUUCUGGUGACGAUUAUACACCUUCAUAUAGAUCAGGAGCCUAUGCAAUUUUAUUAGCUUUAUAUAAAAACUCUUUAGAAGAUAAUAACCAAGGUUACAUGUUGAAAAAGGACUUAAUCAAGGAAGCUCAAGUUUAUUGUGAUACUUCAUUCACCAAAGCCAAAGUUGGAAGUUUUUAUACUGCCUGGAAUUCAAUGAAAACAUUAAUAAGUAAAAAAUUUGUGAGUAAGGAAGGUAAUCCUGCUAAAUUCUCAUUGACCCAUAAAGGAGCACUCGUAGGAUGUACGCUGUAUACUAAAAGUGAUUCAUCGAAUACACAAACACACAGCUCUUCGAGUUCCAUUGAAACUAUCUCUGCAAAGAAAAUAGAUUGCAAUAAAGAAUUAGUUGUUUUGAGUGAUUCCGAUGAUGAAGAAGCUAAUGCUAUUGAAAAUUUUUCCUCUAAAAAAAUUGUUCCAAUGAGUCAUGAAUUGAAAGAUAUAUGUGGGGAAUUCUCUGAAGAAAACAGGUUAGAAGAGAAGAAAAAAGUAGUAGGUGCCUUUGAACCACAAAAUGCAAUGUUGAGAACAGAUUCCAGUAGUGAAAAGAAAGCAGGACAAAGUAGUGAGUUUUCAGAAUAUGAGGAUUUCUUAAUGGCCCCUUAUUCGUUCGACAUUAUAUUGUUUGUUGAUACACAAGAAACUAAUGGAAGACAAAUUGAUCCAAAAAACGAUGCCAUUUUGAAGGAGUUAGAGCGUUUGAAUGUGAAUUAUGAAGUGAGAAAUCUCAAGGUGGGGGAUUAUUGCUGGGUUUGCCGUCAUAAAAUAUCCAAAAAGGAAUUCAUUGCACCUUACAUUGUUGAAAGAAAACGAAUGGAUGAUUUAGCAAGUAGCAUUAAAGAUGGGAGGUUCCAUGAACAAAAAUUCAGAAUCAAACAGUGCGGUUUACAAAAUAUCAUCUAUAUGGUAGAAAGUUACGGAACCAAAGAUCAACAUGUUGGAUUACCCUUAAGCUCUUUGAAUCAAGCAAUAGCUAACACUUUGAUACAAGAUGGUUUUGUUAUUAAAAUUGUAGAUGGUGUUCGGGGCUUAGCAGAAUAUUUGUCCUGCAUGAGUAAUCUUAUAAAAAAAAAUUAUGAGAAAAAAACCAUAGCAAGCUGCCCCAAAGAAAACAUAAAUGAUAUUUCAAUAUCAGAUGAUCUAGUAUCUCUGAUGUAUUUCCUUGAGUUCAACAAAUUUUCUUCGAAAACAAAGAAUUUUACGGUGAAGGAAAUGUUCAUCCGACAAUUGUUACAAAUUAAAGGACUUUCUGUCGAUAAAGCAUUUGCGAUUGUCGAAGAAUAUCCGACUCCCAGAGCAUUAAAGGAUAUGAUAAUAGAAAAUGAGAAGAAAAGUGUGAAUAUUCUGUCGAAUAUAAAAUAUGGUAAACUUGGCAAGAAGAUUGGCCCGCUGCUUAGUGAAACGUUAUAUAUGUUUUACUCAAAAAUGUGUUUUUAAUAGUAUUAUUAUGAUGUUCUGUUUUCGUUUUGUUCACAUAUAAUUGAAAUAUAUAUUUUUUGAUAUC